GAAUGCGCCCCGGCCUUUAUGACGCGCGCCGCUCACAUUUAAGGAGAACCCCCAGACUUCAGCUACUCUACUGUAGUCCACACAAAGGACGCGCCGAUCCGGAUUCCAGAAUGACUCCGUAGAACGUAUCUCGAUUCGAAUUCAGCUGGAACGCGGCGGUUCGAGAAUCGGCUCUGCGUUAUGAGAGAAAUGGAUACGGCAAUGUUCGUUUCCUGCAGACGGAUAUAAGUUUUGCAUCAUUUAUUACUCGAUCUUCAUUUCUACAUUACGUCAAGGGGGAAUAAACGGACGGGCCGGGGGGCAACAGUCGUUUGCUUUCAUUGAGAAGAGGAACAUCGAUAUUAUUCGUGCAAACGUCUUCGUGACUGUCCAUUUAAUUCUGUGGCUGUCUGAUAACUAGCCGUGCUUCUGAAGCCUCUGUUUUCACAAUGCAGUUUCGGACAGUUUUGGAUGUAAAAGUGGUGGAUGUGGAGAAGAGGAGGAAUCCAUCCAAACAUUACGUAUAUCUCAUCAAUGUCACAUACUCUGACUCCACGUCCCACAUCAUCUACAGAAGAUACAGUAAAUUCUUUGACCUUCAGAUGCAGAUUCUUGACAAGUUCCCAAUCGAGGGAGGGCAGAAAGAUCCCAAAAAAAGGAUUAUCCCUUUUCUUCCAGGCAAAAUCCUAUUUCGACGAAGUCAUGUGAGAGACGUGGCCAUGAAGAGACUACGCUUUAUUGAUGACUAUUGCAGAGCGCUGGUUCGGCUUCCUCCCCAGAUCUCGCAGAGUGAAGAAGUUCUCCGCUUCUUUGAGACCAAACCAGAUGAUAUCCACCCUCCCGCAGAGUGA